AUGGCUUCAGAACCAGAGACACCACGAAUAACCGAGCUCCAUGUAAGGAUGGACUGCAACGGGUGCGUGCACAAGAUCAGGAAGACCCUGAGCGGCAUUGACGGCGUAGGCGAGGUACAUGUUGAUCAAGCUAACCACAAGAUCACGGUGGUGGGGAUCGCUGAUCCUGCGAGGAUCGUCAAGGCCAUCAGGAAGGCCAACAGGGUUCCAACCAUCUGCUCACACACCGACCCUGCAGCAGCUCCGGCGCCACCCGCGGAAGGGGGAGAAGCCCCGCCUGCUGAUCCGCCUCCGCCUCCACCCGCGGAAGGGGAAGCACCGCCGCCAGCACCUGCCGACCCACCGCCUGCGGAAGAGGCCCCAGCAGAACCCCCGGCAGCAGAGAACAAAGAGGCGCCGCCGGCUGAAACGCCAGCCACCACCAUGAUAUACGUGGUGCGUGAUUACCCAUACAGCUACCAUGCGUACAGAGGUCACUGGGCAAACCAUCCGAGCAACAUUCAUGGCGUCCGAUACGAUGCUGCUGCACCAUAUUACGCAGCACAUAGUCGUAGGCUCGUAGCUACAGUCCUUACAUAUCAGAGUACGGACAUGCGGGCUCUUCAGCCCAAGAAGGAAGAUGCCACUACCAUCCAGCGGCUGCUACGGGAAGAGGAGAUGGAAGCCAGAUCACUUCGAUGUUCAGCGAGGAGAAUCCCAACGCAUGCAGCAUAG